AUGGUUACUGAAUGUAUAAUCACGAAGAUAGUCGUUUGUUCUGAUUUAGCAGUACUAUUUGACCCACUUAGUUUAUUAGCGCUAGUAAUAGAAGAGAUGAAGAUUUGUAUUCAAUACUUAUGGCAAUUGAAAUUAUCUUGGGAUCUUCGUACAACAUGGUCAACAUAUAGAGAAAACUUAGGUACUCUUGAAAGCUUUAAAGUGUCAAGACACAUCCACAAAACCAUGGUGCCAUUAUCAACAAAGCAACACAUUUUUGCUGACUCAUCCGAAAAGGCAUUUGGUGCUGCAGCAUAUGUCCGAGCAAUUUUAAAGGAUGGUGAAAUAAACGGCGACUAUUAUGUGCGAAGUCACAAGUAG